UGCGAGUCCAGAGGAGUAGGUUAGCCGGUCGGGAUUCAGUGGGUAACUCGGCCGGAGUUGGCGUUCACAAAAACAAGCUUUCAUAAUAUGCCGUGUGAAGUUGCCGCUCGCUUCUUGAUAUUGUACGGAUCUCAGCGUGGUCAGGCUCAGUCUAUAGCCGAAGAGAUCGGCCAACAAGCAGCUGAGCAUGGGUUUACAGCCGAUAUCAGCUGUCUGAGCAACCAGCACAAGUACAACGUGGAUCAUGAAAUCCGGCCAGUUGUGUUUGUGGUUUCCACGACCGGUGAUGUUGACCCUCCGGACACAGCUCAGAAGUUUGUAAGAAAGAUCAAGAACAAAUCUCUGGCGCACGACCACUUCUCCCAUCUGCGUUAUGCACUGUUAGCUUUGGGAGACACAAACUAUGCAAAUUUCUGCAACGGGGGCAAGACCAUUGACAGCCGUCUGCAGCAACUUGGUGCUAAACAUUUCUAUGCCACUGGGCAUGCAGAUGACGGCACUGGACUUGAAGUAGUGGUUGAUCCUUGGAUUGAGGGACUCUGGGACGCUCUGAAAAAACUAUUCUCUAGCAUGUCUACUUCAAAUCAACAGGGCACUGACCUUAGAGACUGUACACAGGACAAUUAUCAUAAAAAUGCAUCUGGCCAGGAAAAAAAUAAGUCAGAUCUAGAAGUUGAUCUUCAUCUUUUAAAGCUGAGUGAAGUAGACUCAGAAAAGGGAAAAACGAUUACAUCUGACACCAGUGAUGUUGAGACUCUUUCUACUGCAUUGGUUGCAUCUCUAAAGCAAUCGGUACCAACAUUGUCAGAGUCUGUUCUUAAUGUUCCUGCACUUCCCGCUUCAUAUCUGGAGGUCCAUUUGGAGCAGGGGUCAACUGAACGGGAGCAGAACAUUGCUUACCAGCCUGGAGAUGCCUUUGAUAUUCUCUGUCCAAACAGAGCCAGUGAAGUUGAGGAGUUGCUGCUCAGACUGGAUCUGCAAACGCAAAAUAAUUGUGCUGUUCAGGUCAACUUGCUUAAAAACAGCAGUAAGAAAGCAGCAAAAGUUCCACUUCACAUUCCACAGAACGGCUCUUUGCAGUUUAUUCUCACCUGGUGCUUGGAGAUAAGGAGCACUCCAAAAAAAGCAUUUGUGCGAGCGUUGGCGGACUUCACUCAGAACGGUUCAGAAAAAAGAAGGCUUUUGGAGUUGUGUAGCAAAGAAGGCUCAGCAGACUACAACAGCUUUGUCAGGGACGCCAAUGUAUGUUUGCUUGAUCUGCUUCGGGCCUUCCCAUCCUGCCUUCCUCCACUCAGCCUUCUGUUUGAACAUUUGACAAAGCUUCAGCCCAGAGCCUAUUCUGCUGCCAGCUCCAGCCUUCAGCACCCUGGGAAAGUUCAUUUCGUGUUCAAUGUUGUGGAGUUCCCUGCACGUCCCGAGCAUCCGGCGAGGACGGGGUUGUGCACGGGCUGGCUGGCUGAUCACGUCUCCUCAAUCUUGCGUCCCCUUGGGACGGUACCGGCUUCAGAGCAUCUAGGCACAUCAGCCCUGCCGAAGGUACAUGUCAGGCCUCGUCCCAGCAGUACCUUCCACUUACCAGCCGACCCGUCUAUUCCUGUAGUGAUGGUGGGUCCUGGGACAGGUGUGGCCUCCUUCAUUGGAUUUCUUGAACAAAGAGAGAAAGAACGAGAAGUGAACCAGGAAGCAACUUUCGGAGAGACAUGGCUCUUUUUUGGAUGUCGCCACAAAGACAAAGAUUUUCUUUUCAGAGAGGAGUUGGAGAGAUUUGCGCAUAAUAGAAUCCUGAGCCAUCUGAUCGUGUGCUUCUCCAGAGAUGAGCCUGAUGCAGCGGGAACUCUUAACAGUCCAACAUAUGUCCAGCAUAACUUGCGUCUCCAUGCUAAAAAUGUUGCCAGCAUCCUCCUCAAAGAUAAAGGGUGUCUCUAUGUCUGUGGGGAUGCAAAGAACAUGGCAAAGGAUGUGAAUGACACACUGCUGGAGAUCAUAGGAAAUGAACUUCAAAUCGAUAAACUGGAUGCUAUGAAGAUAGUAGCAGGACUUCGUGAGGAGAAGCGAUAUCUACAGGACAUCUGGAGUUGAGAAAGCACACAUACAGAACACAAACAAAUAGUGUCUUAUUUGUGGACAGAUUUGCUAGCUACUUUUUGGCUAUUUUAUUUCAUAUCUACACAACAGGUGUUAUUGAGUGAUAGCCAAACUCAUUAACCAACUGCCUUAAGUCUCAAGGCUUUUCCCCUCCUUUUCAAGUAUUUUAAAAGCUUUUAGUGAAUUAUCUGAAUGUAUGGUUAAAUGCACUUAGAUUAGAUAUGUUUGGUCAAAACGUUUUAACUGUGCCUUUUAUGCAAUUAUUAAAGAGGAGUCCCACAUAACCGUUUCAUUCUUCGAGGACCGUUAGGGUUUAGAUACAGCUCAGGUAAAAUAUGCAUAAUGCAUCAGAUUCGGAAGGCAGGAGGAUGCUAGAAACGAGAAACCAAAACAUGACAGACUGGAUGGGAAAACUGUCAGAAGCUGCUAAAUCCAGGAUCAUCUGCAGCAUUUCCGUGUUUUUCUAUUCCAACAGUUUUUUUUAAGAUUAGAGAGGAUACUCUAGAGUCAUCCAUUUUCUGCCC